CGGGAAGAUUGACAGAUGUACAGUGGCAAAUGGUUUUUAUUCCUCAUUUUCUAUUGUUUGAUUUUGUAAAAAAUGAAUUAAGAAUGCUGAUUUCCGUUGGAUUCUUGAGGGUGUCGGUAAUUUAAAUAUUCAACAAAAAAUUUUCAAAAAUUAAUGUUACAAAUUCACACAUCCAAUAAAAAAUCCUUUUGCAAGAAGAUCAAAAUAGCCAAGGAAUUCGCAAGUUAAAAGUAAACCGCGCAAAUGGUCUUAAACAACAAGAUAUUUUCGGGUCUUUAAAGAAAUCAUAAUGGGCAAAAAAACGAAAGGCGGAGGUGCAAAUCUUGGUAGAGCUUUAAUUAAAGAUCGUUUCGGUACAUCAAAGACCAGAAGAAAUGUAGCUGAUCCAUCAAUGCUUCACACCGCGGAAGUUGAUGAUGGCUAUGACUGGGGUCGUCUCAAUCUUCAAUCUGUUACCGAAGAAAGUUCCUUUCAAGAAUUUUUGUCCACCGCUGAGUUAGCAGGAACAGAGUUCCAUGCUGAGAAGUUGAAUAUCCAAUUCAUUAAUUCAAAAAGUGGUAUUGGCCUUCUCUCAAAGGAUGAAAAAGAUCAAGUACUCGAGUCGCAUGCAAAAAAUAAAAAACUACUUAAAAUACCAAGAAGACCAAAAUGGGACCAGAACACUACAGCGUAUGAACUACAGACUAGGGAGAAAGAAGAGUUUUUAGAAUGGCGAAGACGAUUAGCUUUAUUGCAGGAACCAGAAGGCUUAAUUUUGACGCCCUAUGAAAAGAAUUUGGAAUUUUGGAGACAAUUGUGGAGGGUCGUAGAACGUAGUGAUGUUAUCGUCCAGAUUGUAGAUGCACGAAAUCCUCUGUUAUUCCGUUGUGAGGAUUUGGAACAUUACGUAAAAGAAGUCAAUCCUGAAAAGAUGAAUAUGAUUCUUGUCAAUAAAGCAGACUUUCUAACAGACGCACAAAGACAAGCAUGGGCCGACUAUUUUACUGAAAAUAACAUUCGAGUAGCGUUUUUCUCAGCAAGUUUGGCUGCAGACAAACAAAAUCGAAUAGAUGAACAAGAUGAGGAUCAAGGUUCUGGGAAAAAUGACCUCACUGACAGCGAAGAUGAAGAAGAGAGUGACAAGGAGUCUCAAUAUAAUUCAGAUUUUUGUUCAGAGACUGAAUAUGAAAGUGCAGAAGACGGUUUUUCAAAAACUGAUGUCAAGAAAGUACAGCGACUCAGUAUAACAGAAGAUGACAGUGAAAAUAACGUUGACAUUGUAAAUGAAGUAACUAGACAGCAUUCUGAACUACUUAUACUAGAAAAUGCAGUGCAUGAUUCAACUACAAUAGCCUCUCCUCCUGAAGAUUCAGAGAAAAUAACGAAUUCUUCAGAAUUAUUGACUAGAGAUGGAUUAGUCUCGCUGUUUAAAACAAUUUAUAAACGUAAAACUUAUACAGAAGGUGUGACAACUAUCGGAUUGGUGGGAUAUCCAAAUGUUGGCAAAAGUUCUACGAUCAAUGCAUUACUUCUGAAUAAAAAAGUAUCAGUCUCUGCAACACCAGGCAAGACCAAGCACUUCCAAACACUCUUCCUAGACCAAGAUUUGCUAUUAUGUGACUGCCCAGGAUUAGUAAUGCCCAGUUUUAUUUGUACAAAAGCAGAGAUGAUCUUAAACGGUAUAUUACCAAUUGAUCAGCUACGUGAUCAUGUUCCUGCCGUCACACUCUUAGGAACUUUAAUACCAAGACACGUUAUUGAAGAUUUGUACGGUAUUAUGCUGCCUCCACCCUCAGAUGGAGAAGAUCCAAACCGACCACCUACCGCAGAGGAAAUUUUAAAUGCAUAUGGCUAUAACAGAGGUUUUAUGACACAGAAUGGCCAACCGGACAAUCCACGCUCCGCUCGUUACUUGUUAAAAGACUUUGUUAAUGGUAGACUGCUCUACUGCUUAGCACCACCAAACAGAUCACAAGAAGAAUUUCACACAUUUCCUGAACGUCAAAGAAUUUACUCAGCAAAUAAGCAACAACCUCCUAGAGCCGUUCGUGCCGUCAAAGGAAGUAAAAUAACAACAGAAGAUUUGGAUAAAGUUUUCUUUCAAAAAAACGUCCCUGGCGUCCACGUCAAAGGUGUUCUGGGUAAAACUAUGGGUGUUCCAAAGAGUUCAAGUAUCAGCGAAGCGGGAUCUGUUACGGAAUCCACUCAAAGUGUCUUUUUUGAGGAGAAACCGUGGAAGAAGAUAAAUAAACACUCGAAUAAGAAAAAGCGGGAAAAGACCAGAAGAUUGUACGCCUAUUUAGAUCAGCACUGAUUUUGAAAAAUAAGAAAUGGUUUUUUUAAUACGUCUUGUAGCGUACAUCAUGCACUGAAAUAUAAAUUCUCAUUUUUCAAUUGCUAUUAUUAUAGAAUUUGUUGGUUCAUAACAUAAUUUUUAAUUUCACUAUUUUGUCACACUAUUUUUCUUUCUUGAUAAUAUCUCAAGAUUACUUUCUUUGUUUACACUUCACGUUCAUAAGGUCUAUGCAAUCUUAGGGAGCACCUUGUUCUCGUAUAUUGUAAAUGCGUUAUCC